CAUUGCCAGCACUUUUCGUCUUUUCCCAUCUCUUCUUCUUCUUCUUCAACUGUGAGGGAGAAUUAUUAGGGUUUUUGAAAUUGUUUUGAUCAAUUUCAAGCUAAUUGAUACGUAAUUUCGAUCAAUUGGAUCUUGUUACUUGAUUAAAUGUAUCAAUGGAGGAAAUUUGAGUUCUUCGAAGAGAAAAACCCAGGAAAAUGCUCAGUUCCUGAAGAAGUUAAGGGAAAGAUUAAUUGUUGUUCAAGUGGUAGAGGGAAGAUCGUUGUUGGAUGUGAUGAUGGUAUGGUCAAUUUAAUUGAUCGUGGAUUUAAGUUUAAUCAUGGAUUUCAAGCUCAUGCUACUUCUGUUCUCUUCCUUCAACAACUCAAGCAACGAAAUUUCCUGAUUACAAUUGGAGAAGAUGAGCAAACAUCCCCACAACUAUCACCGAUCUGCUUGAAAGUGUUUGACCUCGAUAAGACACAGCCAGAGGGUUCAAGCACCACUGCUCCUGAUUGCGUCCAAAUAUUGCGGAUAUUUACCAAUCAAUUUCCCGAAGCAAAGAUUACAUCAUUUUUAGUUCUCGAGGAAGCCCCGCCAAUAUUACUCAUCUCUAUAGGUUUAGACAAUGGUUGCAUUUACUGCAUUAAGGGGGACAUUGCACGUGAGCGUAUCUCCCGUUUCCAGCUAGAGACUGUUACAGACAAGACCGAUGCUUCUAUUACAGGGUUAGGGUUCCGAGUUGAUGGCCAAGCUCUUCAACUAUUUGCUGUGACUCCAACUUCAGUAAGCCUGUUCAAUUUGCAAGAUAAACCUCCGAGACGACAUACCCUUGAUCAGAUUGGAUGUAAUGCUAAUUGUGUUGCUAUGAGUGAUCGUUUGGAGCUGAUAGUUGGGCGUCCAGAGGCUGUGUACUUCUAUGAAGUUGAUGGGCGUGGUCCUUGUUCGGCCUUUGAGGGAGAAAAGAAAUUUGUUGGGUGGUUUCGUGGGUAUUUAUUGUGUGUUAUUGCGGAUCAGAGAAACGGAAAGAAUACAUUCAACAUUUAUGAUCUGAAGAACAGGUUGAUUGCCCACAGUACUGUGAUCAGUGAGGUUUCACACUUAAUUUGUGAAUGGGGUAACAUUAUUCUCAUAAUGAGUGAUAGAACAGUUAUUUCUGUUGGAGAAAAGGACAUGGAAAGCAAAUUGGAUAUGCUUUUCAAAAAGAAUCUGUAUACUGUUGCUAUAAAUCUUGUUCAAAGUCAGCAAGCUGAUGCAGCAGCAACCGCAGAAGUACUAAGGAAAUACGGGGAUCAUUUAUACGGAAAACAAGAUUAUGAUGAAGCUAUGUCUCAGUAUAUAUACACCAUAGGUUACCUUGAACCUUCUUAUGUCAUACAGAAGUUUUUAGAUGCUCAACGCAUCUAUAACCUUACGAAUUACUUGGAGAAACUUCAUGAGAAAGGUUUGGGCUCUAAAGACCACACUACUCUUCUUCUCAAUUGUUAUACUAAGUUGAAGGAUGUUGAAAAGCUAAAUGUAUUCAUAAAAGGCGAGGAUGGCAUUGGAGAGCAUAAAUUUGAUGUAGAAACUGCAAUAAGAGUCUGUCGUGCAGCAGGAUACCAUGAGCAUGCAAUGUAUGUUGCUAAGAAGGCUGGGAAACAUGAGUGGUACUUAAAAAUAUUGCUUGAAGACCUCGAUGAAUAUCAAGAAGCAUUGCAGUAUAUUUCAAGCCUUGAACCAAGUCAAGCUGGGAUCACCAUGAAAGAGUAUGGUAAGGUUCUCGUAGAGCACAAGCCGGUUGAAACAGUUGAGAUACUUAUGAAACUUUGUACUGAAGAAGAAGAAUCUACUGGUGGAGGCACCUUAGAUGGCACAUUCUUAUCCAUGUUGCCUUCUCCAGUUGAUUUUCUGAACAUGUUUGUUCAUCACCCUAAGUCCCUUAUGGAUUUUCUUGAGAGAUACAUCAGCAAGGUGAGGGAAUCACCUGCACAAGUUGAAAUUCAUAAUACACUUUUGGAAUUAUAUCUUUCUAGUGACUUGAACUUCCCGUCAAUGGCACAAGAAAUCAUUGGGGAAGGACUCAAUCUUGGUAGAAGCUCAACUGUAGGAGGGAGUCUUACCGAGUCAGAGUCAAAGGAGAAACUUGCUGCAGACAACAAAGAUAAAGAUAAAGAAAAGGAUCGCUUGGAACGACUGAAAAGGGGACUUUCCCUGCUUAAAAAUGGCUGGCCUUCCGAUUUAGUGCAUCCGUUGUACGAUGUGGACCUGGCAAUUAUUCUUUGUGAGAUGAAUGCAUUCAAGGAAGGCUUGUUGUUUCUGUAUGAGAAGAUGAAGCUCUAUAAAGAAGUUAUUACUUGCUAUAUGCAGGCCCAUGAUCACGAGGGGUUGAUAGCAUGUUGUAAGAAGCUGGGAGAUUCAAACUGUGGAGGAGACCCUUCUCUUUGGGGAGAUUUGCUAAAGUACUUUGGCGAGCUUGGGGAAGAUUGCUCCAAAGAAGUAAAGGAAGUACUGACUUAUAUUGAGAGGGAUGAUAUUUUACCUCCAAUUAUUGUUCUUCAGACACUUGCUAAGAAUCCAUGCCUCACUCUUUCAGUGGUAAAGGAUUAUAUUUCUCGAAAACUUGAAAAAGAAUCAAAGUUGAUUGAAGAGGAUCAUCGAGCUGUUGAGAAAUACCAGGAAACCACCUUAAACAUGAGGGAAGAAAUUCAUGAUCUUCGGACCAAUGCAAGAAUUUUCCAGCUUAGUAAGUGUACUGAAUGCACUUUCACUCUUGAUCUCCCUGCCGUCCAUUUUAUGUGCAUGCACUCAUUUCACCAGCUGUGCCUUGGUGACAAUGAGAAAGAAUGUCCUCAGUGUGCUCCCGAGUACAGAUCUGUCAUGGAGAUGAAGAAAAGUUUAGAGCACAAUUCCAAAGACCAUGACCGCUUCUUCCAGCAAGUAAAGAAUUCGAAAGACGGCUUUUCUGUGAUUGCAGAGUAUUUUGGGAAGGGUAUGGUUAGCAAAACAAGCCUAACAGAAGCUCAGAAGACAGCAAAUCUUCCCUCCAGAAAUGGUUUCUAAAAAGUGUUUUUGAAAAAUUAGCUCCAUAUGUCAAUCACUGCCAAAUAGUGUUGUUGUCUUCGUUGAAUCUUGUACAGAAGCUGCAUAGAUUAAGUGCCAUGUUGAGAAGGUUAGACUUAACCCAUAAAGAUAAAAGAGACUCGGAAACAAACAAAAGUUUUGCUUGCUGAGAAUAUCCUCUCUAGAAAGAGGCAGGCUCCUACAAUAUAGUGUUUGUGAAAUCCAUCAUCUUGGCCGCGCACAGUUCAUAUCUUCUUUUGUAUGUGAUAUGUAAUGAUCUGUUUUUACAUCUUAGAUUCAAUCUUUUUUACCUGACAUGAUUUUUUAUUUUAUUUUUUAUGAUGUGAGGUUUGUAAUGAUUUGUAUCAAUGAGUUUGGUUGUUCUCUUGUUCUCUUUUAAUCUACAAAUGAAAUUGGUUGCGAAACA